ACACUCUCUUUAUUUACUGAGUACAGCCUUUUGGAUUUAGUGGGUUCUUAUGUAUUCUGCAAUUUGGACUCAUUUCUGUAUUUCUUUUCCAUUGAGUAGAGGUCUGAAAACCUUAAAACCUCUUUAUAGUGUUUGCUCUGAUAAUGCGGCAUGUGAUGCAUGUGUGCACAUGAUUCCAUUAAGGAGCAAAGGAGCUCUAGCAUCGCUCAUGAAAGAGGAUUUCAAUGUCUGUGAUCCAGGCAAGUCCAGGGAAUAUAAGCAGAGACUCCUGCUGUGACCUACAAAAAAUACACAGAUUUUAAUUUUUAAUACUCGAAAGUAAAAAAUUUACUUUUUAAUGAGAUAGUUUGGUAUACGUGCAUUUUAGUAAAUUACAGAAACCAUACUAAAACCUGUUCCAUAUGCUAUUAUACAUGCUUGUAGAUAUUGUAAAACUGCUGUGGCCGAUAUGGGAAUAGAUUAGAUGUGGUUAAGGACAUGCUUCUGUCGGCAAGUGUCUGCAUACACCAGCGUGCAUCUAUAUGUAUCACCAUUCAUUGCAUGCUCUGCGUAACCUAUAUUGAAUGCAAUUUCCCACCGUAUCUACGGAAGGAUAUCUGUCUACCUCAACACUGUGCAUACUUGUCUGUGUAUCAUCUGUGACCAAAGCCCAAAGCGCAACUGACAGACAAAUGUAUGAGUGCCACACUAUGCUGUCCAAACACAAUCUGAUGGAUCAUAAUGUUUUGCAGUCAAAUACAGAUGGUUGCUGUGUUUAUCACACGCCACAGAGACCAGCUGUGUCUGCUAAUAUUCUAGCUGAUGAAUGAAUUGUUAUAGCAAUUAUGAUAAUUGAUGGAAUAUGUGUUUGUCUAAUAAGCAAGUAUUAAACAUGGUGUUGUUGAUCCAUCCUAAUUAGUGGAAGUCAAACACUUUUUUAAAAUACGUUUUUUGGUUAAUUAUAGGGUGUUAUUUAUGCAGUUAUCAAUGUAUCUGCAGUGUGACUCAUGUCAAAUCAUUUAUAUGUCUAUAGCUCAUCUCCAGAAGUUGUGAACUUCUUUCUCCUAAUGGGUGCUCUGUUUCUCCUGCCUCUGUUCUGUUAGUGUCUCCCCUCGGGACACUGGGGGAAACGCUGUCCUGCCUGCUCCACGUGUCAUAGCACAUCAAUUGGAGGGUAGAAAGUGCUUUAAGUCGAUACGGACUGGCAGAGAACUCAGUGGGAUAGCGGUUGAAGUGGAUAUAUCCUGUUAGAUGAGCAUCUGUGUUACUUCAUUAAAGUGGUCACAUUGUUGCUGCUAUUUAUAACCAGCAUGGUGCACUGUGUACAAAUAAUUAUCAUGGAUAAUUACAUUUUACUGGAUUGCUAGUCUUAUCAAUAAAUAGGUAUUACAGGGACACUGCACAAACACACACGGAUGCAUGGACUGUGUUUACAUUGACACAUUGCUUUUAAUUUCCUGAGUGACAAAGCCAAGCAGGACUUGCUUAUUAAUCACGGAAUCUUAUUUUUCAAUAAUGGAUGUUAGGGAAAAAACACACAGGACCCAGAGUAUGUUGCUAUGAUGGAUUAAGACAGAGAGUUUAAUACAGACUCAUUGCCGGGUCUCUUGAGAAUGUCAGUUCUGCUGCUGCCUGAAAGAAAACUGAGAUGACUGUUGGAUAAAUAGACAAAAUAAGCCUUUAAGUGUUCUGACGGACGUAUGGUCUAAAAUAAGGAACUCUAUUAAAAUAGCUUAGUGAAAUCACUCCGCCGUGUGUCAGUGGUCAGCGUGUUCAGCUGUUGACAUCUCUCUCCUGCACUCGCUCUCGCUCUGUCACACGUUUCUGUUUGCCUCUCCUCUUCCCUUCUUAACAUCUUCCUGAUGCCUUUUUCUCCCCUUCUGAGCUCUGUCCAUAGCUCCACUCCCUGGAUAGAUUGUGUUUUUGCUUUGAGUUGUACAACCUCUUGUUCCCUUCUCCUCCAGGGACGCUGCAUGAGGAUCAUGAUGCUGCGGCCUCUUACAGAGGUGACUCCCACUUGUACCUCAACGUCCGACCUGCACGGCUCCACUAAAUCCACACAACAGAAUAAGAGAGGCUCCAUACCAAGGAGUAAAAGUAUGGAAAAAGCGAUGGAGGAUGUGAUGGAGCGUCACUAUGAUUUUGAUCUCACCUACAUCACGGAGCGAAUCAUCUCCGUCUUCUUCCUGCCCGACCUGGAAGAGCAGCACUACCGCAGAAACCUGCAGGAAGUGGCCUCAAUGCUGAAAUCCAAGCACCAGGACACAUUCUUGCUACUGAAUUUAUCGGAGAAGAGACAUGACAUCACCCGACUUAACCCAAAGGUGCAGGACUACGGCUGGCCUGAUGUUCAUGCCCCACCCCUCGACAGGAUUUGUGCUGUUUGUAAAGCCAUGGAGACCUGGCUGACGUCUGACCCCAACAAUGUGGUGGUCCUCCACUGCAAGGGAAAUAAAGGAAAGACGGGGGUCAUUGUGGCAGCCUACAUGCACUACAGCAAGAUAUCAGCUGGAGCGGACCAGGCUCUCACCACUCUAGCAAUGAGAAAGUUCUGUGAAGACAAAGUCUCCUCUUCCCUACAGCCCUCUCAGAACAGGUACAUCUAUUACUUUGGCGGGCUGCUAUCAGGCACCAUCAAAAUGAACAGCAGUGCCCUGUUCCUCCACCAGGUCCUCAUUCCAUCACUACCAAACUUCCAGGCAGGGGGAGGUUUCUAUCCAUUCCUGAAAAUCUAUCAGUCCUUGCAGCUCGUCUAUACAUCAGGGGUCUAUGAUCCUCAGAGCUCCAGGGCAAGGAAGCUGUGUGUUACUGUGGAGCCAGCGCUUUUAUUAAAGGGGGACAUUAUGGUGAAGUGCUACCAUCGUCGGAGUCAAGCAGCAGAGAGGGAGGUGGUGUUCAGAGUUCAGUUUCAUACCUGUACUGUCCACGGAGCCCAGCUGUGGUUUGGCAAAACUGAACUGGACCUCGCCUGCACAGAUGACAGGUUCCCUCCAGAUGCUACAGUUGAGUUUAUCUUCUCCAAUGGGCCGGAUAAAAUUAAAGGUCGAGAAUACCGCGAGAAUGAUGCCUCCAUCAAAGUGGAUUACAACAUCUCAGAGCCUGUGAUCAGAUGGGAUUCCUAUGAGAAUUUCAACCUGCACCACCAAGACAGCAUUGAAACAGAUAUCUCUCAUACAAGAGGCCCUCUGGACGGCAGCCUGUAUGCCCAGGUGAGGAAGCGUCGUGGGCCGGGCUCCACUGCCUCAGCAGCAUCACCCAACGGGUGCCUUACCAGCAGCCCAACAGUCAAGCCUCAGACCCCAAGCCACUUCUCAGUCCCCUCUGAUCACCUUGAACAACCCUCUCUGACAAUAAUGCGGCCAGAUGGAGAAAACACUGACCGUCCAUCAAGGAGCGGGGAUGGGAGAGAUGGAGCAAAGGAGAAAAAAAGAGGCAAAGAGAAAGAUAGAGAGACAGAGAUUUUAGAUGACGGAGACCCGCCAAUCCUAGGAGGUUUGAGGCAAGAACACUCGUGCUGUGGUCAAGCGGGUGCAAAGUUUGGCAAUGGCGGACGGGGGAGGGAACAAGAACCCUGCCUUUCUGACGCUCAUUGUCUUGGCCGUUGCAAUGUCACUAAAAAGAAUCCAAAAAGCCAAACUCUGCCAGCCUUGCCAACCAAAUCGGUGUCCCCGCCUCCUCCAUCAACUCAUAUGGAGAUCUGUCAUCGACAUAGCGUCCAUCCUUUACAACAGUUACCAUGGGAACGUCCAGCCCCACUGCCUCCCCUGCCCUGUCUCCUCAGGCCUUGCUUUCCUUAUUCCACCCCUGAUCACACCCACCACAACAGCCACACCCUCCCAGCGUUAAACAGACUCUGCACUGGGGAAGAGUGUCACCUCCUCCGUUAUUCCAACCACAAUCCAGCCUCUCAUCUCUCCCAUCAAUCACUUCCCUCCAGCCCUUACAGGGAAAUGUUCUUCAGCUCUCAAACACAGUCCUCUGGCUGCCCCUGUCGAGACUGCACUGGCAGGCGAGAGCACCAAUCAGCCUCAGUACGAGCGUUCCAUCCAUUGCACCCGGACGAAACAGAAAACCCACAAUGGUCCCAAGGAGUUGGGAUGCAACGAACAAGAGAGGCGCCUACGCUUUGGGAAAGUGAAAAUCCAUGGGAGGGCGUGAGAGAGGCAGAGUUUUGGCAGUGCAAAUCCGCCGAGCCUGCAUUUCACGUGUGCCAUUCCACUUUGAAUCAGAGUCCAAAUAUGGAGCCUAGAUAUGCCAUCGGACCUCAUCAAGGCUACCCUUGCCCCCAGUUGCUGAUGGAUGUGCGGGAUGGAGCCAGCAGUGGGUACCACACCCCUCCACAGCCCCGUCACUCCUGUCCCUGCUCUCCCUAUCAGUCAUCCCCAGCCGCGAGCCAUGAGAGCCGGGGUUACGCCUCUGGUUACCACUCUGGAUCAACCUCCCCUCUGCCCGCUAGUAGCCCUUCUCCUGUAAGAGGCAGGCUGCCUGACACUCCCUGUGAAUCUGGAGACCAGCAGCACUCUGAGCAUCACAAAGCGGAACAGGCCAAGGCUGAUGUGGAGGAUGAUAUGUCCCAGGGUUCAGAAGGUAGGUCGGACUCCAAUGGACAGUCAAGCACCCCUGGACAGGACUCUGAUCAUGACUACACAAUCAUUGGGAGCAGCAGCCCCACACACACAGAAGACAGUGUAACAGCUAAUAGCCCUCUUCAAAACCAAGAACCCUCUAGAUAUAUGGAGUCCAGCGCAAAUAGCGACCGAGCCAUCACACCAAUACCAAGGGAGACACAAACCCAAAGUUCCAACGUGUCCAUAAACUCCACACAACCAUCAAGUGAGCAUAGUUUGAGCUCUGAUUGUAAACUUGGAGAAGCCAAGCUCCCAGGAAGUGCAGAGCGAUCUCAACAAUCACGGACUUCAAGCUAUACCACUGUCACCAUCCCCCCAGUCCAGGUGCAACUGAAUGGCUCUGCCCUUCCUAGCGAUACCCUGUCUGACAGCAGCAGAGGUACAUCCAUGAAACCCUCUGUUUGUCUAAGUUCUAGCCCUUCCACCACUUCCCCAAAUUCUCCCAUUGGCUCCCUGGACCUUCAGUCUUCUCUCCAAUGCUCCACAUCAGCCACAGACGGUGCAGGAGAAAGUUUGACUCUGGAAAGAGACUGUUCAAAUGACACAAAACCACCGUCACCUGUUCCUGACGGAUAUCAAACACCAACCUUCCCCUUGGCUUCCAAUUACUACCCUUUACUAAACGUCCCUCAUGUACCAUACACUGGGUACACAGCAAUCACCAUUCCCGCUGUCCAGCCCCCGCUACCAGAGAAGAAACGGCUUUCCUCCACGCCAGGAUACCUAAACGGACACCACUCUCUUCUACGGGUCUCCUCGGCUCCUUCCCCCACGCACCACGUUUCUUUCUGUCCCUCUGCCGGAGAGCAGAGACGGGGAUCUUCACACCACAACUGUAGAGAGGAGGCAGACAUCAGGGUCAAUGCUAAGUUUGUCCAGGACAGCUCAAAGUACUGGUACAGACCCGGCAUUUCCAGAGACCAAGCCAUAGCUGUUUUGAAGGACAAAGGACCAGGAACUUUCCUCAUAAGAGACAGUAACUCCUUCCAGGGCGCCUACGGUCUGGCCCUUAAGGUGGCCACACCUCCUCCUAACGCCAACAUCACCGUCAGCAAAGGGGACCCUCUGGAGCAGCUGGUAAGACACUUCCUCAUCGAGACUGGGCCACGGGGAGUGAAGAUCAAGGGCUGUCAGAAUGAGUCCUACUUUGGAAGUUUAUCUGCCCUGGUGUAUCAGCAUUCAAUUACUCCCAUAUCUCUGCCAUGCGCCCUUCGCGUCCCAGAAAAAGAAUAUAUUUCAGAUCUCGUUGGGGAGCUUCAGGAGAUGCAGAGUGCAACAAACACCAGCACGGCGGCUGACCUCCUCAAACAAGGAGCAGCAUGCAAUGUGCUCUACCUAAACUCCCUGGAAACCGAGUCGUUAACAGGACCUGAGGCGAUCUUAAAGGCAACCAAGUGUACAUUGGCCCUGAUUCCACGUCCAGCGGCCACGGUGGUCCACUUCAAAGUGUCCUCUCAGGGCAUCACUCUAACCGACAGCAAAAGAAGGCUAUUUUUUAGGAGACAUUAUCCAAUCAACAGUGUGACAUUCAGCAGUCUCAACCCACAAGACCAAAGGUGGACUAAUUCUGAUAGCACGUCAAGCAAGAUGUUUGGCUUUGUGGCGAGGCGGACUGGGAGCUCUACAGAGAACGUGUGUCACCUGUUUGCAGAAAUGGACCCGGAGCAGCCAGCCGUUGCCAUCGUCAACUUUAUCAACAAAGUCAUGCUGGGUCCACAGCUACGCAGAUGAGAGUGCAGAGGAACGUGCAAAUCUGGACAAUUGAGGAUCUAAGCGAAAUGUAAACAUGAUUUUUUUGAUGAGGUGUGUGUGACUACGUUGGUUCUUACAUUGAUGCAGAUGGCAGCAUUGCACUUGGCUGUUUUCAUAACACCGAUCAUGGCUCUGUGGAGAGUCAGUUUACAGAGGAGUUCAAGAAAAAUAGUUUAAUAAGUCAAAGAUUGACUUUAUAUCAUUUGCCAAAUAAGAUUUAAAUAAGUUGUGGUUUGGAGUGUUUUUUUGCUGUUGAUUAAGUUGAUCCAAUUAUCCAAGAAAUGAAAUGUUAAGAGACAUGUAUGUAUUUUUGUUAUCUGAAAAGUACCUUUGGGUACAUUUUAAACUCUGUGGUUCAUAUACGUUUUAUUCAACAACAUAAUUAACAUUUUGUUCACCACACAACUACACUAUUAAAACUGUAUAACCACAGAUAUAGUAGCAUAUUAUGCUAAAGAUACCUACAAUAUACAAAACAAACGGAUUGAUAAUUUAACAAAUUAUUUUGGAGCAACCAACUACUACAUGCGAUUUAGAAAUUGUGGACAUGAUCUAAAUUAUUAGAACUAAAGCUACAAAUCUCCAUAUCACAUGUAUGUUUAUGAUCUGUUUAGGUCCAUAUUUAACCAAUUAAUAUCUAUGGCAUGAAGUUAUAUUUUAAGCCAAAGACUUCACUAUUGUGUGAAAAUAUUUUGAAUGUUUUAAUCUUUUUUUAAAAAUACAUGUUUUUGUUGAUACUUUUUUGUUUUCUAUGGAGCUAAUACAUUAUUUCGAUUACUUUAGCCCAAUCACAGAAAAGUAUAUAUAUAUAUAUAUUGUAUGCCUCUGAGAAUGGUUGGUAGGAUAUUCCACAUGAAAUGCAAGUAAUACAAUCAAAUAAAAUCAAAUACAAAUGUAUGUUUCACCAUU